AAUUAUAAAAUUUCUUUAUAGAGAUGCUUUGUCCAGAACCAUUGCAGCCACUUCAUGGAAUAGCAACAUUGAUGAAUGAAAAACGAAAUGUAGGAAGCUUGGUUGUUUACAAUUGUAAUUCUGGGUUUAAUUUAAUUGGAAAUACAUAUGCUAAAUGCUUAGCAACUGGAAAAUGGAGUUUUGAAACCCCCAAGUGUGCCAGUCUUUGUACUGUCCCAAAACUUGGAAGAGGUGUAAUGGGUAAACAUGAACGUCGAUACUUUACUCAGAUAAAACCUGAAACAAAAAUAGAACACGGAAAAAAAAUAUUUUUACGAUGUAAUCCUAAUUAUGAAAUACCAACAGAAGAAUGGUAUCAAGGAGAUGUAGAAAUUACCUGCAAUUCUGGCAAUUUUGAACCAAAACCUGCUUGUCAUCCAGCUCGAUGUAGGAGCCCACCUCCCAUUAAUGGAAAAGGAAGACCUUUGGAAAAUUAUGAAAAUGAGCAUCGAAGUAUUGUUGUAUAUGUCAAUGCAUGUUCGAAAUCAGACAUUAUUUUACAGAAUAAAACGGCAAGAUGCAACUUUGGAAAGUGGCAAGUUCAAGAAGCAAGAUGUAGAAAUAGUGAGUUUACAUAAUUUUAUAUAUAAACAUUUAUUUAUUUAUUUAUUUAUUUAUUUACAAAU